CACUCUCCAGACACCUGAACAGCUGGAUCACUGAACGUCCUUUUUUCUGCCUCUGUUGCAGCUAGAUCUUCUGCUUUGUGCUGAUAAUUUCUCGAUAAAACAGUUUGUGUAAGAGCAAAAUGAAGAAAUUGCUGUUGGUCUGUGCAGUGUUUAUGACAAUGUUUGUUACAGUAGGUGAGUCCCUGAUGUGUAAAAGCUGCAGAGUGGGGAUUGCAGGUCGAUGUCUGUUCAGCUCCACUGAAACCUGCAGUGAUUCUCAGCCCAACUGCUACGUGGGAAACCUGGCCUUUAACAUCAGUCGUCUGAUGAACCUGCAGAUUCAAGGCUGCUUGGCUUCAUCCUCCUGCAACCAGACUGAAAGGGGAACCCUCCUGACUGCGGGAUACACAGUCACCAGGACCUGCUGCAGCACUGACCGCUGUAACGGAGCCACAUCCAUCCAGCUGCCUCUCACUGCUGCUUUGGGCACUGCCCUCAUGGCUGUUUGGAGCAACUGGAUCCUUUGAAAACAACAACAAGCGAUGCUAUUCAUGGCUGGGUGUUGCCUUUAUAUGCAAGCAUUUAAGAAUUACAAACAGGUUUUUGCUUUCUUUGCCAAACACCAGCGUUGUGCACACUCUUAUAUUGUGAUACUCCUGUUGUGGCCUCUAUGUGUGGAAAUGUGGGGGUUUUGAGAGAAUAUAGGUACAGUGUAAAAGCUCAGUGUAAUAACACACGUCACUGCAUGUUUAUAAAUUAGAUGAACUCUUAAAGUUAUACAUGCUUGAACUUAAUGACUGUGAGUUUUAUUUUCCCCUAGGCUGUGAAUGUUUGUGCUAAGUGGAUGUUUUUUGUCCGAGACUUCCUCCUUAAGCUUCUGGAACACAAAACCUGAUGAACCUCAUUCUCGCACGUUACUUCUCAUUUGAGUCUUACCUGAUCGUGUGUUGGUUUCUCUGAAGAUCACUUGACUGAGACUGAGGUAUUCAGGCCUUUAAGAAAUUACUUUUGAUUU